UCUGGUGCCAGUAGGUAGCUAGCUAGCUGCACACCAUGGCGGCGAGCGGCGAGGCCACGCAGAAGGCGCUACAGUCGGUGGCGCAGAGCACGCGGUGGACGUACAGCAUCCUCUGGCAGCUCUGCCCCCAGCAAAGCGCGCUGGCGUGGGCGGAGGGGCACUACAACGGCGCCAUCAAGACGCGCAAGACGGUGCAGCCGGGCGGGGAGGACGAGGAGGAGGAGGCAACGGCGGCUGGGGCCGGCAAGGUGGUGCGCCGCCGCAGCCGGCAGCUACGGGAGCUGUACGACUCGCUGGCGGGGGAGGCCGCCGCCGCCGGUGGUGGCGGAGGGGGCGGCAGGGUCGACGUCCACCACGGCGCGCAGGCCGUGGCGGCGAGGCGGCCGAGCGCGGCGCUGGCGCCGGAGGAUCUGACGGAGACGGAGUGGUUCUACCUCAUGUGCGCCUCCUACUGCUUCCCUCCCGGCGUCGGGUUGCCUGGGAAGGCUUUUGCUAUGAGAGGCCAUGUAUGGCUCAGUGGAGCAAACGAAGUUGACAGCAAAGUUUUUUCGAGAGCAAUUCUCGCCAAGAGUGCAGGCAUCCAGACGGUCGCGUGCAUUCCUGCUGUCGAUGGAGUCCUGGAAAUUGGAACUACAGAGAAGGAUAAAGAAGACAUUGGAUUAAUUCAGUAUGCUAGGAGCAUCUUCAUGGAUCAGCAUCUACAUGGCAUCCACAUGAUGCCUACCCUAUCAGGGCAUUCAACUUCCAACCCAAUCACAAACAUUAAUCAUCAGCCAUUUGACAUAAAAAGGGAACAAUACGUUGGUGGCACAAAUGUGAAGCCAAAUAAUCCCAAUCCCGAAGACGAGCACAAUGAAAUGGAAGACGACUAUGAUGAUGAAAUCGACACGGCGUGCGCAUUGGGUUCGGAGGCCAACACUGAAAAGAAUUCAUGUCUGCAUCGGCUGCAGAACAAUAUGAGCAGUGAGCAGGAUAUGCCCAAUGCAGGGAGCAGUGAACUGAUGCAGGUUGAGAUGUCAGAAAGGGUAAGAGAUGGUUGCUCAAACAACAUGGAUGAAGAAGUUCAAAUCCUAAUGGUUUGCCCAAAUAGUGAUCUGCCAGGGCAGGAUGAAUUUGAUCCAUGGCAUUGUCGCUACGAAGACCUAUGCAGUAAAUACCUACAAUCUUCAGCGGCUGAAGAUCAGGCAGCACCAACCGAAAAUGAUCAUUAUACCGAAACAGUCCUGACAAUCCUACGGAAAAACGCGCGCCGACAAACGCAAACAGCAUCGAACAUCAAGGCCUACCUGGCAGUCUCCAACAAUUCAUCAUUUUCAAGAUGGAACCCCAAACGAACCGAUGAUCUUCAGAGCAUGAUGGUCUCUGGAGGCACCCCACAGAGAAUGCUCAAGAGCAUCCUGUACGAUGUCCCUAGCAGGUACAGGGGAGAGGCCCAGUCACUCGAGCCCAGGGAUGAUGAAGGUGCGAGCCGGUCGCAGAGAGGGCAAGUCCAGGCAGAGCUGAGUGCCAGCCAUGUCCUGAAGGAGCGGAGGAGGAGGGAGAAGCUCAAUGAGAGGUUCAUCGUCCUGCGAUCCUUGGUGCCGUUCGUGACAAAGAUGGACAGGGCCUCGAUCCUCGGCGACACGAUCGAGUACGUGAAGCAGCUGCGAAGGCGCAUCCAGGACCUGGAGUCACGAGCCCCACAGACGACGCAGCCUCGGGCAGCAUCAACGCAGAAGAACAGAGCUCACCGCAGCACAGGCGCCGACUACCUCACACCCGCAAGCGCAGGAAAAAGAGCCGUGGAAGAGAGCGGCAGCUGCUGCAGCAGCAGCACCGGGGUGCCUGCGGUUGCGGCGCCGGGCACGGAGGUGCAGGUGUCCAUCAUUGAGAGCGACGCGCUUCUGGAGCUCCGGUGCCCGCACAGGGAGGGGCUCCUGCUCCGGGUCAUGCAGGCGCUGCACCGGGAGCUUCGGCUGGACGUCAUCUCCGUCCAGGCCUCGUCGGCCGGCGACGUGCUACUCGCGGAACUGCGCGCAAAGGUGAAAGAGGUGCAUGGGAGGAGGAGCAGCAUCACUGAAGUGAAGCGAUCGAUCCAUCAAAUCCUCUCUUCAGACUGAAUCUGUAACAAAUAGUACUACAAAAAUUACAGGCUAAACAUUGUAAUUUUUUUUAUAUAAAAUUAUAGGUCCAUGGCAUCAGCUGCACAUGACGAAACAUGUUAGGUUCACUAUCUGGACUUCGCUGUACUGCUACUGGUACACGAAUAA